AUGGAAUCCCAACCUCCGCCCACCGGCACCACCGCUAGAAAUCCUGCCGAACCCGUACAUUCUCAGCCACAACAACCACCAUCCUCUCUCCCUGCAUCUUCCUCAUCAGCCCCUCCUAUCUCAGCACCAUCCCAUCCUCCCCCAAUCCCUAACCCUAACCCUAACCCUAACCCCAAACCCCCCACUCCAGUCCUCCCCCAAUCUCGUCCUCCCCCUUCAUUCAGCAGAAACCCGCCGCCGCCACAGUCCCAUUACUCGCACUUCUCCUCGAUCCCACCUGCCACUCCUCAAACAGCCUCAUCUUCAAUUUCCUCCGCUUCCGCGCCAAGAGGCGGAAUGGCAAUCGGUGUGCCCGCGCACCACCAGAACCCCUCCCCUCCGUUUUCUUCUUCCUUUGGGCAACAUUUCGGCGGACUGGGUCGAUCGGAUUCUACCUCAAAUUCUAAUACCGCUCAGGUGAGAACGCCAAUCCAAGGAAUGGGGGUGCUAGGAUCUUUAGGUUCUCAAUUUCGGCCAAUGCCUUCGCAACUGAGACCGGUUCAGUCAUCUCUUAGACCGCAACCCCCUGCUCAAAAUAAUCAACCUGCUGGCUCACAAAGCUUCCAAGGUCAUGGGAUUAUGAGACAGUCAUCUGUGGGAUCACCUGCAGCGCCAUCUCCAAGUGCAUCACAAAGUAUGCAGUCAAUUAACCAGCCAUGGUUGUCAUCUGGGCCGCCAGGGAAGCCUCCUUUGCCAUCUCAGGCUUAUAGGCAGCAAUUGAACCCACAAUCCUUGCAGCAAAGGACACAUAUUUCUCAGCCGCAGCAGCAGCAGUCCAUGCCAACAACUUCUCAGCAGCCGCAACCUUUGCCUCCUAAUCAAGCCCAAGAGCAUUUUGGGCAACAAGGUCCGCCUUCUAGAGCUCUACAUGUGCCUCACCAGCCACAGGUUACGAGGCUACAGGGACCAGGAAAUCAGAAACCUUCGUCACUUGUGGCUGCACAAACUAAUGCAGUUCAACCAGGGAGUCAAAGCAGAUUACCUAAUGCUUUACCAAAUGCUGACCCAGAAGAGUUGGGUAAGAGUGUUCUCGGAAAAAGAAGCAUCCAUGAGCUAGUCAAUCAGGUUGAUCCGUUGGAGAAGUUAGAUCCUGAAGUUGCAGACAUUCUUGGCGAUAUUGCAGAAAACUUUCUGGAGUCUAUAAUUAGGUCUGGUUGCUCACUAGCGAAGCAUCGGAAGUCAACAACUUUGGAAGCCAAGGACGUACUUUUACAUCUUGAGAAAAAUUGGAAUAUUACACUUCCUGGAUUUGGCGGUGAUGAGAUUAAAAACUACAGAAAACCACUUUCAACUGAUAUUCACAAGGAGCGCAUAGCGGCUAUAAAGAAAUCAAUGAUAGCAACUGAGGCUGCACAUCCUAGAGGCUCUGCUGGUCAGGCUUCUGGUAGUGCAAAGGGUAGUCUGACAAAAACACCUUUCAAUGUCAUUGGUUCUCCGAACCUUAAAAAUUCAUAA